CCCUGCACAUAAACUAGAUUUGGCACUACUCCUUUUUUCUAAUAAAAUACUCCGAAUGUUCCAACGCUGCUUCAUCCCCCUCUAAAAAUACAGUAUAACUGACUCAUGUGUUGCUCUGGCGCCCUCUCGCGGCAACAAAGGUUUUGAAUGAUCACGACGGAAACCACAACUCCCGGCAUUCACCGCGCUGCACCCAGCUGAUCCUGUGACGUCGCUACGCGUAAUUGGUCAGAGAAUUUAGAAUCGCAUGGGGGAGCGUGGAGUAAUCGGGACGCCUUCUCCAUGCAGCAUUGUGCUUGUGCCACUUCACCAUCGUCCGGACCUCAUUGCAUCUUGCGCUGAUCUCCUGAACCAAACAUGGAAGCGCAGUCUGGGGGCUCGUAUGCACUCAUUAGAACGGUCCUCAGAUGAAUUUCCUGUUUCUCUAGUGCUUAUUGGGGCCCCUGAGGGCCCAGCCCUGGGUCAUGCCAGACUUUGCAGGGUGGUUGGUCUGCAGGACAGCCUUUUUGUGGAGUCGGUGGUGGUCAGUACUGAGUUACGUGGUAAAGGCUACGGUCGGAAGCUAAUGGAGGCCACUGAGAAGUACGCAAGAGGUAAAGGCUUCCAAAACCUGUACCUAACUACCCACGACAAGCAGGACUUCUACUACCACCUCGGAUAUUGUUUGUCAGAGCCUGUCCAGAAUAUGGGGAGUCUGAAUAGUCUCCUUCCUGCAGACAUGAUUCAGAAGAUGGUGGUCUCCAAGACGAACCCUACCUUGAACCAUCCUGUGUCAUCACCCACAUCUCUAUGUCCUCAAACAUCUACCUCAACAUCAUCUGCAACUGUAUGUCCAGCACCACCGCAACCUCCUCCUUCUGUUCUCUGCACACUACCUCCUCCUCCUGUCCUCUGCUCAGUGCCUCCCCCACCACCUCCUCCUCCUGUCCUCUGCUCAGUGCCUCCCCCACCACCUCCUCCUCCUGUCCUCUGCUCAGUGCCUCCCCCACCUCCUCCUCCUGUCCUCUGCUCAGUGCCUCCCCCACCACCUUCUCCUCCUGUCCUCUGCACACUACCUCCUCCUCCUCCUGUCCUCUGCACAGUGCCUCCCCCACCUCCUCCUCCUGUCCUCUGCACAGUGCCUCCCCCACCUCCUCCUCCCCCUGUCCUCAGCACAGUACCUCCUCCUCCUUUCCUCUGCACAGUGCCUCUGCCACCUACUCCUCCUCAUGGAAAUUGGUCUUCACCACCACCACCUCCUCCACUACCAUCACCAAUAUUGCCUCCAUCUCUUUCACCAGUACAUCAGAGAAUACCUGAAUUUUCCUUGCAGACUCCUUACCGAGACUUUCGUGGGGACCCCAUAUUUUGGAUGAAAAAAUGUAUCUGAUGGUUUAACAUAAAAGAAAGAUCUUGCACUGGAUAUUUAUUGACAGUCAAUAAUAUAUGAUGUAACCAAAAAUCGGUAGCAGGAAAUUUGGUCCGGAUAAGUGGGUGAUUUUCUAAAGGGGAGGUUUUACUGUACCAAGGAUGCUUUUACACGUGACAAGUCCACUGUGGAUUUUACUGCAGAUACGCUGUAGAUCUGUAGCCAAAUUUGGAACUGUGGAUUUUUAAAUACAUAGAUUUUUUUGAACCCCUUUCUCCUACAGCAGUUUCUGGCUUGUUUGUAACUCCUCGCCUUCUAACAGACAUCAUUUUUUUUUUUUCCAUCUACAGUUUUUUGCAGGACCAUUUUUACUUACGUGACAGGGCAUGAAAGGCUCUGAAAUUUUGUAAUGCAAGAAAUAUUACCCUAUACUUGGUGCCACUAGGUCACUGUCUAACAUAUAACCUUUACCGACACUGUUUAUUUGUCAUCAAAUUUUACCAUAUAUAAUGUGUGGCAACGCAAUAUAUAUGGUAAAAUCUUCCUUACCAUCCACAGAGGGGGAAGUAUGAGACUCUAGGUCCCGACAUCACUCCAGUCCAAGCGUCACAUCACAAUGUCACAGCUGAGACCGGAGCAGGACACCGGAGGCACUGCAGAAACGCUGGAGGUAAAUGAUCCUUUGAAAGAUCUCCUUCUAGAUUGUCCUGGCUGGGGUUCCCACAUUAGUCAAGAGAAAAUUAGAAUGCUCCAGAUCAUGAAAACAUAGUGGCAGAAAAUGUAAACAGACAACAUGGUGGCAGCAUACUGUGUCAACAAGCAAAUGAAGGAGGAACACAGCACAACCUGUUAGCGAAGGAAUGCUUACAAAUCAUAAGUUGGAUAUGUUGGCAGUAUAUAUACUGGGGAUCUCCAAGACAACGACGGAUCUCAUCCAAAAAGCUGUAAAUGGUCCCUCAGCAGAGAAGCGGAGUGGAUUGUCAGCAGGGGGGAAACCUUGGAUAAAUGUGUUCGCCACAAAGAACAAUGCUUGUCUUGACACCUUCAACUCUCUUAACAGGGCAGACCAACCGCAACUCCUAGAUGGCCUGUAUAUCCCAUGGUAGGUGUUCUUUUGGUAUCGCUUUCUUUCAGUUACUCUUCUGCCCAGAGUUCUCCAGAAAAACAAGCAAGAAAAAGCUUCUGAAAUCCUGAAGGCAUGGCUUCCUCAAUUGUUAAAACUCUUCAGGUUAAAAAAUCUCAGCCUACCUCUCAGGCCAGACCUUAUAAGUGAAGAGGGGAUCUAGCAUCCAGAUCUGAGCAGACUCUCUGAUGGUGUAGCUGAUGAAUUGAGAUCCCUAGAAUUUUCAGGUCUUUUAAUACCAUUGC